GACGCCAUUUUGAAUUUCGAAGGUCGUUUGUCGCUUUAAAUAUUAAAGCUUACCAUAACCAACAAAAUAAACGAAAUUAGGUCUUUCCUUGUUUUCUUUGUUAUAAACAAAGUUUUUUAGUGUUUUAGAAACGGAGUGACAUAAACAAAUAGACUGAUUUAUAUACAUUAACGUUAAUUGUCAAUCAUAGUGAGAAAAAUGAUAUUUGUGUUCGCAGUUAUAAAUAAUAAAAAAGCAACAAAUUCUAAUUUUGAAUGCGAUUUAAAUUACGAGCAAUGGAUUAGUGUUAUUGUGUGUGAAAGUUAAUCAGUAUCAAAGUAGAAAAUAUUGAACUACGAUUUUGUUGUCAACAUUAAUCAAGAAACUAAUUGUACGCUCCUAACAUAAGUUAAAUUAUGGCUUUCUCUGACUGUGAAAAAGAACAAGCAAAGAACUUUGUGGAUUUCUAUAUUGAUAAAAUUGAAAACCAGAGAAAUUACUUCAGAUAUUAUUUAUCUGAAGACGUAAUAUUGGAUUGGUUUGGACAAACAGUGAAAGGUGAAAAAAAUGUUAACGCUUUCUUGAACAAAACUAUAACUUCUGUAAAUCAUAUUCUUUCUGAGACGGUACCAGCUACAAAAAUUGGUUCUAGAGAAUCACACGUUAUCAAGCCUUUAAAGACCCAAAAAUCCAUACCACUUGGUCUGCUCAGCCCUCCGAGAACAAUUCAACCAAGAACUGAAACUAAAACCCCUAAAAAACAACCGAUAGCUUCAACUAGCCAUUUUAAUAAUAAUAAUAAUAAUCGAGAGCUUCGAAGUAAGCAUUCCAGAGACCAUGGACAAGUUGACGGGUAUCAUAAAGAUACAGAAAUUCUUUCAUCACCAGUGAAAAAAUUGAAAACCCUCGAUGUAACAGAUGUAGUAGUGGAGAAUUUAGAAAUGUUAGAAAGUGAAUCAGAUUCGACACAAAGCAGUCAGAAAAUUAAAUACGUGGUUUCUGAAGGUUGUGUUGAAUUUCAUAAACCGAGUUUGAAAAAAUAUCAAAGUGAAACGAGGUGGCGUAGACCUUGUAAGUUGAGUAUCGCGUAUACGUCCACGAACUGUAACGAUUAUACUAUAUAUUUAAUUAUAUACGAAGGUAAUGUUAAGUGUCGUAGGAAUUUAAUGAAAGAUUUCGAAGCAGCAGAAUCCGAACGUUAAUGGAAGAAUACUGGAUAUAAUCUUAUUGUGAUUAUUCUUUAUUAACAUUGUUGUUAUUAUUGUUGUUUUUAUUUGUAUUUUUAUAAAUAAUACGUGAUUUUGAACAUUAGAAAAGAGUGUUUGACGAGACAUUUCAAAGUUAAGCCUACAAAUUUUACAGAUUAUUUCAAUUUUUAGCUUUUUUUUCACAUUUCUGAUAAUAUAUGUAUAUAUAUAUAUAUAUAUAUAUGUCUGUCCCUUUUCUAAUAAGAAAAGGUGAUUAUUUUCUAUUUAUAGAAAAAUUUUUGGUAUUAAUUAAUAAUUGACCGAUUAUCUUCAGUAGUAGUGUUUUUCGAAGAAGAAAAUGUAUAAAAUCUGUAUAAAUUCAAUUUUUAAUUCUACCGACACGAUUUUAUCGAUAAAAUUUGAUUUAUUCCGAUAUCUUUAGGUCUUAUCACAGCCCUUUUUACAUAUUUAAUUGUUAGUGUGACCUAAUUUUUUCCCACAUUUCCGAUAAUACAUGUAAGAUUUGUUCCCUUUUCAUUUUUUUCUGCACCCCUCACAAUUUUUUUCAAUUAUACAAUAUUUUUUUUCUAUUCAUUCUGUAUUAGCCUAAAUUCUAUUGAUUUUCAUCCCAACAGUUUUCUUUGAUUUUCAAAUUAAUAUUGAAAAGAUUUUAUUUUUAUAGAUUCAUAUAUUUCAUGGUAUUUACUGUCCAUCAAUAUCUACUGGUAUCUCAAAGUGUCUUGUAUUUUUAGCUGGCUAAAAUUUUUUGAGACAUCUUACACCUAUAUCUUUAGGAAAUGGCUUGGUUCAAAAUUUUUUUAUCUUCAUACUUACCUUGAGUUGUUUAUUUUUAUUUUGCUUUAUUUAGGAUUUUCAGGAUUUUUUUCAAUCUAAUUGAGAUUGAAAGAAUUUAAAUAUGGGGAUAUUAUUAUUUCUGUGGUCCUUAAAUUUAAUCCAGGUAACCAUCCCUGGGAGUAUGGGAAACGUAAAAAAAAUCAGCACCCCUAUGCUUUGAGAUAUCGAAAGUCUAAACUCCAAAAAUGAGUAUAUUUUUGAGUUUUCAAUAUUAUAAAUGGAAAUCUAUUGAAAAAAUCAUUUGUGUUUAAACAUAAUAAUUAUUCUUGUGUCUUGAAGAAACCGAAAAACAAUUUGAACAAUUAUCUGGGAUCUUCAUUUUGGUGGAUGAAGAUUCCUAGAUGUAGUGAGGGUUAGAAUUGAGGUUUUUCCACUAAAUUUUUUUCCACAUUUUUUAAGGGUUGACGAGGCCUCAUUAAAUUAUAAUAUUAGUUCUGUAAAUCACAAUAUUAAGCAUUGAAAUUUUCUUAAUUGUUUUGAAUUGAGAGAACUAAGAAUCUAAACAAGGACAUAUAUGAGAAGGGUUGAAAAAAUAAGGUGAAUUUAUCAAUAACAAAGUAAAAAGUAAAAUUUGAAAUCAGUCUCCCUCAAAGUAUUGACUUUGGUUAGAGAUGCACUGAUGUUGAAACUCAAUCCGGGACUGGAAGCAUUUCUGGUAGACUUGUUACUAAGUAGCUUUCAUCUGCUCUAUUUUGGCAUUUUCUGUCCUUAACUGAUUCUUUUCAAUCACCAGUACCACUUUUAAAUAGUUUUUAAAGUUAUUAAAUGAUCACCGUAAAUAAAUUUCCACAUUUCUUAAUCUUCUUUUAUAUUUUCAUUUCGCAACAACAGAUACUGCAAAAACUGAAUUAGCUGAUUAACUGGAAUAAGGAGAAACUUUUUGUCUCAAAACGGAUAUAGCCGAUAUAAAAAUUUAUACACCGUAUUUUUUAAUCCUACUUUGUAUUAUAUCCUAUUUUUUUAAAUAUGAAAGAUUAUAAUUUUCCCAGUGUUAUUUCCCAUUUAAAAUGCUGCCAAAAUCCCUCUUUUGGGACAUCCUGUAUAUAAAGUACAUAUGCGUGUGACAAUAAAUUGUAAAUUGUGAUUUAUCGUUGUGCCGCACAUAAACAGGUACAUGAAAUUUUAAGUAUUGUUUAUAUUUUUUAUAAUGUAAAGUUUAAUAAAAAUAAAUAUAU